UCUUCUGAUGUUUUGAGCGUGUAUUGCAAUGUUAUCAACUACGAAAUGGCUAGACAUUCUGUCGAAGAAGAUGAUGUUAAAACUGCAAUACGAAGAGUGAAAUAUGCUUAUUUACCUCAAAGGAAAUGGUUACCUGUGAUGUACUGUACCAAUCUUCUCGAGAGGAUAGCUGAUUGUUGCGCUUAUUUGCAUUUAUAUGCCCCUCUACACACAUCAAUGGUGUACUAUGUCAUGAAUUUUGCAGUUAGUGAAAUGCGAGAGUGGUUUCGAACAUUUUUAUCAAUCUGUGAACCUUUAAAAAUAUGCAGUCUAGGUGGAGGACCGGGUACUGAUAUCAUUGGAGUUGUAACAGCGCUACAAAGAGAGUUUGGUUGUUUCUAUACUUCUGCGAUAAUAUUGGAUAUAAUUUCUGACUGGAAUAUUAUAUUUGGAUCUGUCAUCGAUGAAAUCACGUCUGGUUGCUAUGCUGACAUAGGAAAAUGCCUAACUUGGGAAUUUUUUCAAUGGUCAUUAAUAACGACUAAUUUAUUGAAUGAAAUGGAUCCAGACGUGGAUGAUACUAUUAAAACUGCAGAUUUUGUAAUAAUGAGUAAGUUUAUAUCGGCUAUUUCUUCUCGCGGAGCAUCUAAAAUGAUCCAAAACAUUUUUAAAAGGAUGAAACCUGGUGCAGUUCUUCUUUAUAUCGAUAAUGAUGGAGGAAGACAUCAUAAAUUAGUGUCGAAAAUUGCUGGGGAGUGUUGCCUUGUACCUCUGAUUAGACCUUUGCAGCACCUAAAGUAUAGCAAUGAAGCUUUGAGGAUUAAAAGAUUUGGUUCGUGGAGUUGCUGUGAAACAAAAAUAACAGUUCAGAUAAUGGAGAAAAGGUCCGGAUUUCUAUCCGUAUGGAAUUAUUUUCCAUCGCCGCAAGUUGAAAAAAACUAUUGGGAUACAUAUUUGCAAAAUUUCAGGUUUAUGUCUGGCAGAAAUCGCCGCCAUAGGGGUCGACAUAGCGAUGAUUUUGAGAGACUUAGUCGACUUAGACGAAAAAAAAUCAAGCACAGAAGAAACAGAAAACUACAUUUUGAGGAUUUUCGUUCUUUAUCUGCUAAAAUAGAUAUUUAAAAGAUAUAUAUAUG